AUGUCCGGCAAGGUGGUCAAGGUUGAGCGUGCCCUGUAUCGCCUAAAGCAGAGUGGCCGUGAGUGGGGGUUUGAAGCUGCCGAUGCCCUCAUCGAGAAUGGAUACGAGCAGUGCAGGGUUGACCCGUGUGUCUUCCGGAAGGUGGUGGAUGGAGAGGUCGUAGGUCUCAUCGUGAUCUACGUUGAUGACAUCUUAGUGGCGGCAGACGAGGGAGAGCGGGAGGAGUUGUUCGCUUCCCUCAACAAGAAGUUUCCGGUGAAAGAUCUGGGGGAGUGUACCUGGUACGACGGGUGUGCUAUCGUCAUGGAUGUAGAAAAUGGCAUCACCAAGCUGUCCCAGACAGCAUACGUUGAGAGUAUGCUGAAGCGGUUUGAUGUGACCACGACCGCUUUCACCCCUGCUGCCACCGAUGCCGACCUAGGGCCGAAGAGAGAUGACGAGCCCGCGGUGGAUAAGCCUGUGAGGGAGGCGAUCGGAUGCCUGAUGUGGACGAAGCUGACGAGGCCAGACAUCGCCCUGCCUCUGAACAAGCUCCAGAAAAUCGCCCAAUCACCCACCGGGAGGAUAUGGAACGCGCUUGUGCGGAUCAUGUCCUACCUGAACUUCACGAAGGACUUCGGCAUCACCUACGUUCGGGGGUCAGGACUAGACCUAAGCGUGUUUGUGGAUGCCAGCUACGCUGACAACGAAGUAGACAGGCGUUCUACGACCGGGCUAGCUGUGACCGUAGGUGGUACCGUAGUGUGUGCAUCCACCAAGACGCAGCCAGUGACGGCUCAGUCGACCUCGGAAGCAGAGUAUAUGGCAGCCGGGGAGGGCGUGAAGGAGGCGUUGUUUGUGCGUGGCGUUCUGUCGUUCAUAGCGCCCGAGACCAGUGGGGCGAAGAUCAAGGUCCUUGAGGACAACAAGGGGGCUCUCGCCAUGUUCGAGAACCCGUUCAGCUCAGCGAGGAGCAAGCACAUCGACGUGCGGUUCCAUUUCAUUCGCGAGCUAUUCAAAUCGGGCAAGAUCACCGCAGAGUAUGUUCCGACUGGAGAGCAGCACGCCGACAUGCUGACCAAGGUCCUUGGCAGAGAGAAGUCAGAGUACCACCGGAAGGCUCUGAUGAACCUACCGAUGUAG